AUGGCUCGACUCACACACAACGACAUAAAUAGCGCAGUCCUUGUAUUCUUCUCAGACCACGGAAUAAGGUUCGGAAAGAUUAGAGAGACUUUGUCGGGAAAACUAGAGGAGAGGAUGCCUUUCAUGCACUUAUGGGUGCCCAACAAAAUGCGUGACAAAAACCUUAAGAUCAAUGAGAACCGACUGACCACACCGUUUGACAUUCACGCAACUCUUAAGCAUAUAAUUAGUGGUAAACAAGAUUUGAAUCUUAAUUACGGAAAGUCAUUGUUAGAGGAAAUACCAGAAGACAGGGGUUGUGAAAGUAUUCCCAUUUUAGAGCACUGGUGCUCCUGUCAGUCCAGUGAACCCAUCAAAGAUCUCAAUCGUGUCCAACCUAUCGCUCAAUUUAUCGUCAAAAGUAUUAACCAAUUAUUGGCCAAAGAUUUUAGCGAACAAUGCGUUGAACUCACUCUCGACAGGACUGUCAGUGCUUUUGAACAGCACUUAAGCGAAAAAGUCUUACAGUUUGAGCAGAGCUUGAAUGAUGUGAUCGGAAGACAUGUUGUCUAUAGAAAGGAUAAGAUUGAGGAAAAGUCUAAGAAUUUUUUGGUCACAAUUGCCGUCAAACCCUCAAAUGCAUUGUUUGAGGCGACAGUUAAUAUGAACUCAGAGACACAUCAUAUGGCAGUUGUGGGCGAAGUGUCCAGAAUUAAUAAAUACGGCAAUCAAUCCGAAUUACAGGGAAGUAGUGGUCACGAGUCAAACAAUGCAUAUCUGGUGAACACAACAAAGUGUCAAAUCAUUCGUUGGCCUCUUUUCGAUGAACAAGUCAUGCCUUUAUAUAUCAAUUAUACGGCUUAUCGACUCAACUGUCCCACAGAAAUGCAGAACUGGAUCUCAAUCGACAGAUUCAAUAUGACUGGGGUUAUCAUUCACAACCUAUCCCCUCACACACCCGUCCAGUGCUUUGCCAAUAGUAUUAAGAGACGUACUUAUGAUGACACUACAGUUGACUAUAUGGCACCUGUACCCAUUCAUGUCGAUUCUGUUCACUACUUCAUAGACACCAGUGAUGUCAAGAUCACAUGCAAUGUUGGCACAGAUUCCAAGUCUAACAAAAACCAGAUAAACAAUUUGAUAAAAUCGUCGCUCUCAUCCCUGAGAUUGUACCCAAACCACAAAAAUCAACCUCCAUCGCUUAUACAAGAGCUUCAAUGGAAAGACUCUGUUUUGGUGGACAAACAAUCGCCACCUUUAGAUGAAUUGCCAAAUAUAUUAUUUAUUGGCAUCGAUUCAAUAUCUCGAGUUAAUUUUGAGCGACAUUUCCCACUAACAACUCAACAAUUAAUAAAACACAACUUCAACACACUCUACGGUUAUAACAAAGUGGCCGACAAUACGUUUCCCAAUUUAACGCCAUUAUUAACCGGCUAUUAUUUAGAGGAUAUUUGGGACGAGUCAAUGCAAAAUUGGGAAUAUAAAAGCAAAGGAUUUAAGACCCUGCUCAUCGAGGACGCACCAGAUAUGGGUGCUUUCAAUAUGUUUAAGAUUGGAUUCUCAGACCAACCGACAGAUUACUAUUUAAGGCCAUUUAGUUGUGCCGCAGAGCAUGACAUGAAAUACUUUUGCUACCAGGAUAAACCAGAAACACAGGUUUAUUUUGAUUAUAUCUAUGAUUUCAUAAAAGCCAUGCAUAUUAGGAAACAAAAAUAUUUUGCCUUUACUUUUAUGGCUCGUAUUACACACGAUGACCUAAACAACGCGGGUCUCGUCGACCCAAUGACCGAACAACUAUUGAGUCAAUUAUUUGACGAGAAUUUGUUGGAAAAUACAGUUUUGGUAUUUUUCUCGGAUCACGGAAUACGGUUCGGACGCAUGCGAGAGACUUUGUCGGGCAAACUGGAGGAAAGGAUGCCUUUUAUGCACUUAUAUAUACCAAAGGGUCUGCGAAAUACAAAUGUGUCCAUAAAUGAGAACAGAUUGACCACACCUUUUGAUAUUCACGCCACACUCAGACAUAUCAUUAAAGGUAAACCCGACUAUAAUCUCAAGUAUGGAAAGUCUAUAUUAGAAGAAAUUCCCGAACAAAGAGGUUGUCAUGAUAUACCAAUUUUAGAGCACUGGUGCUCCUGUCAGACCAGUGAACCAAUUACUGAUUUAGCAUCAGUUCAGCCCAUGGCUCAAUUUAUUGUCAAAAGUGUCAACCAAUUAUUAUCCCACAAAUAUAGCGAACAGUGCGCUCAACUCACCUUAGAUACCACUGUCUCAGCAUUUGAACAGCACUUGAGUGACAAACUCUUGAGAUUUCAAGGAAUGCAAGACAGUAGACAUGACCUCAUAGGCAGACAUGUAAUCUACGAUCCCAUCAAAUCUAAGGAAGAACUCAGAAAUUUUUUGAUUACAAUUUCUGUUGCACCAAGCCAUGCAUUAUUGGAGGCCACCGUCAAUUUGAAUGUCAGAAGUAAUGACAUGAAAAUCAUCGGAGAGGUGUCCAGAAUUAAUAAAUACGGCGAUCAAUCCCUAUGUAUCAACAGCGCUAAAAUGAGGCGAUACUGUUUCUGUCGAGAACUCUUUAAAGAAUAUAAUGUAUAA